CUUUCUUCUAACGUUCAAUUCAUGUGAAAUGUCCAUCCCAACCCAUUUCACUACAUAAUUCGAAUUGAGAUAUCCGCGGCCUGUUGGUCCCUGAUCACUACUCUGCAACUACUAGAGUGAAAGUUCAUGGGUCUCAUGUAUCUGCAUUUUCUGCUGCUUCUGCUUUUCUCGGGGAAGGCAGUGUCCCGCAACAUUGUCAAGACUCUACCAGGUUUCUCUGGUGAACUACCCUUUAAGCUUGAAACUGGAUAUGUGAGCGUGGGUGAUAUAGAGUUCUUCUACUACUUUGUGGAGUCUCAAGGCAACCCUGGAGCUGACCCUCUUAUUCUUUACAUGAAUGGAGGCCCUGGUUGUUCUGGUUUGAAUGGCUUCUUUUAUCAAGUUGGCCCAGUAGUUUUCAACACUACAGAUUAUACUGGAGGUAUACCAACGUUGCUACCUUACCCUCGCUCAUGGACUAAGACGGCCAACAUAAUAUUUGUAGAUGCACCUGUGGGUACUGGCUUCUCCUAUGCAACAACGUCCCAAGCCUACACCACCUCAGACACAUUGUCCGUCAUUCAGACUCUUGGGUUUUUGAGAAAUUGGUUGAAUGAUCACCCGGAUUUCAAGUUGAAUCCACUCUUUAUUGGGGCUGAUUCCUAUUCAGGCCUAAUUGCUCCCAUCAUUGCUCAGGAAAUAAUGGAUGGAAAUGGAGUUGGAGAAGAACCCCACAUUAAUCUCAAAGGAUAUUUGAUCGGAAGCCCUCAUACUGAUACGACCAUUGAAUUGAAUUCAAGAAUCGUAUAUGCUCACCGGAUGGCACUUAUAUCAGAUGCACUCUAUGAGGCUGCCAAAACAGGUUGCAAUGGCAGGUAUGUUGAUAUAGAUCCCUCCAACGCAAAAUGUGUAGAAGCACUUGAAUCUAUCUCACUGUGCAUAGAGCAAGUAAGUCUCCAGGAUAUUUUGGAGCCUAAAUGUUCCUUCAUAUCCCCAAAGCAAAACAAAGAAAUUAGAAGAUCUCUCCGGGAGAAUUCAAGAAGUUUUCUCCUUCCAUCACAAUAUAGAACUGGCAAUGAUUGGUGUCGGAAUUUCGAGCAUUCGCUCUCUGAUAUAUGGGCGAACUACAAAAGCGUCCAAGAUGCCCUUUACAUUAGACCGGGAACAGUGGAAGAAUUUUUUAGGUGCAACAGUAGCCUAUCUUAUACUGAGAAUGUCAAUAAUGUGUUUGGCUAUCAUAAAAACCUCACCAACUCAGGCCUGCGAGUCUUAGUUUUCAGUGGUGAUCAUGACAUGGUUAUUCCACAUGUUGGCAUCGAGCAAUGGAUAAAAUCUCUCAAUAUUUCUUUAGGCAGUGAUUGGCGACCGUGGUUUGUGGAUGGUCAAAUUGGAGGGUACACAAGGAAGUAUGUCAACAAGGCCUAUAGCUUAACAUAUUCAACUUUAAAGGGAGCUGGCCAUUCACCCACUGAGUACAGACGUAGGGAAAGUUAUGAGAUGUUUUAUAGGUGGAUCCACCAUUAUCCUCUCUAGUCUUUCCAUUUAUAUCCCUUUUUCUCUCCACAUUAAUUACCCAGCUUCAAUGAAAGUUUUGCUGUACUCAUGUUAGCUGCCCAUGGGAGAAAUUUGAGCACUGGUACUGCUGGAAUUGAAAGACUAAUUAAAGAAGGAUCAGACUUUCUAUGGAUGAGAUGAUGCUUAGAAGGUUCUUAA